AAAAUCCAGAUGGGGUGCAGGUGCUGCAAAAUGAUACAAAGCUUUAUUUUUCAUCCAGAAGAAGUACAAUCGCCUGCAUGCGUUCAUGAAGUAAACAGCUACGAACACAAUGAGCAAGGCAGCAAUAAAUCCAAAUUCAAAGAGGAUAGUGAAAUUCAAGAACACAAAAAUGAGCUCCAGAAGGAUAAGCCAAACAGAACAGAAAAUAAAACCCAGGUAAGUAGCACAAAAGAAACCCUCUGGAACCACGGAGACAAUGAUUUUCAAGAGGAUGGCCUUGUGAAGUGUGUUGCAAAGCUUGAUGUUGCAGUCAAUGGUGGCAACUCCUGCACUGGAGUGCACCCCAUGCUCAAUCCCAACACAAACCCAGUGAAAGAAGCCAGUGAACAGGGAUUCUCCAGCCAGUCAGCAGAGUCUCCUUCAGCCAGCAAUAGAGACUUGUACACCAAAUUAAAUAGGUCCGGCCAAGAACUUGACCUAGAGGCAGGCUGUCAGAGGAAGGCAGCCUGCAAUGAGCCAAACAGUAUUCAAGAUGGGAACUCCCGGUCUGCAGACAAUAGCUUCUUUCUCAAAGGAAGUGCAAUACUGAAAACACAAAACAAUGCCAUACAACUGCCAGAUAUUGAUUAUCCCAAAAAUGGCAAUCAAACCAGGAACUAUGUUGAAAAAGCUAGCUUUUCAGUCAACUGUGUACAUCCAGACCAAAACACUGGGCCUUCAGCAAUACAGGACCAGGACCUUUGUGUAACCCCACCUUCACUUAUGAAGGAAAGCAGUACUGAACCUUUUAAAACUGACUCCGCAAGUUUGAGUGAGGGCAUUCCUGGUGGUAUCACUGCCAUGGCUGUUACCAAAGUAGCACAGGUACCCACAUGCCCUGACCAUGAAGACAUCAAUGGAGAAAUUGAGGAGGAAGAUGCGGAAGUAGCAGCAGCUCUGGCUGCACUGGAAGCUGCAACUGCAGGGGAAGACUUGGAAGAUGACGAUGAGUACUAG